GCCGUGCAGGUCGGACCCGCGCGCAGCGGCCGGAGAUGCAGCGGGGCACCGCGCUGUGCCUGCGCCUGUGGCUCUGCCUCGGACUCCUGGACGGCCUGGUGAGUGGCUACUCCAUGACCCCCCCGACUCUGAACAUCACAGAGGACGAAUACGUCAUUGACACCAGUGACAAUCUAUCCAUCUCCUGCAGGGGGCAGCACCCCCUCGAGUGGACCUGGCCAGGGGCUCAGGAAGCACCAGCCACCGGGGGAAAGGACGGUGAGGACACAGGUAUUGUGCGAGACUGCGAGGGCACGGAUACCAGGCCCUACUGCAAGGUGCUGGUGCUAGGUGAGGCCCACGCCAACAACACUGGCAGCUACCAUUGCUACUACAAGUAUAUCAAGGCCCGCAUCGAGGGAACCACAGCUGCCAGCACCUAUGUUUUUGUGAGAGACUAUGAGCAGCCGUUCAUCAACAAACACACACUCCUGGUCAACAGGAAGGACUCCAUGUGGGUGCCCUGCCUGGUGUCCAUUCCUGGCCUCAACGUCACACUGCGCUCGCAAAGCUCAGUGCUGCAGCCCGAUGGGCAGGAGGUGGUGUGGGAUGACCGCCGGGGCAUGCGAGUGCCCACGCCUCUGCUGCGUGAUGCCCUGUACCUACAGUGUGAGACCACCUGGGGUGACCACGACUUCCUGUCAAACCCUUUCGUUGUGCACAUCACAGGCAAUGAGCUCUAUGACAUCCAGCUGUUCCCCAAGAAGUCCCUGGAGCUGCUGGUUGGAGAGAAGCUGGUCCUGAACUGCACAGUGUGGGCUGAGUUCAACUCGGGCGUCACCUUUGACUGGGACUAUCCAGGGAAGCAGGCAGAGCGGGGUAAGUGGGUACCUGAGCGGCGCUCCCAGCAGACUCACACAGAGCUCUCCAGCAUCCUGACCAUCUACAACGUCAGCCAGCAUGACCUGGGUCCUUACGUGUGCGAGGCUAACAAUGGAAUCCAGCGAUUCCGGGAGAGCACAGAGGUCAUUGUGCACGAAAAGCCCUUCAUCAGCGUCGAGUGGCUCAAAGGAUCCACCCUGGAGGCCACAGCAGGUGAUGAGAUGGUGAAACUGCCUGUGAAGCUGGCGGCAUAUCCCCCACCGGAGUUCCAAUGGUACAAGGACAGAAAGACAGUAACUGGACGCCACAGUCCACAUGCUCUGGUGCUCAAAGAGGUGACUGAGGCCAGUGCGGGCAUCUACACCCUCGCUCUGUGGAAUUCUGCUGCUGGCCUGAGGCGUAACAUCAGCCUGGAGCUGGUAGUGAAUGUUCCCCCGCACAUCCAUGAGAAGGAGGCCUCUUCCCCCAGCAUCUACUCCCGUCACAGCCGCCAGGCCCUCACCUGUACAGCCUAUGGGGUGCCCCAACCUCUCAGCACCCAGUGGCACUGGCGACCCUGGACACCCUGCAAGACAUUUGCCCAGCGCAGCCUACGGAGGCGGCAGCAGCGGGAUCGCAUGCCACAGUGCCGGGACUGGAGGGAAGUGACCAUGCAGGAUGCUGUGAACCCCAUCGAAAGCCUGGACACCUGGACCGAGUUUGUGGAGGGGAAGAAUAAGACGGUGAGCAAGCUGGUGAUCCAGGAUGCCAACAUGUCCGCCAUGUACAAGUGUGUGGUCUUCAACAAGGUGGGCCAGGAUGAGCGGCUUAUCUACUUCUAUGUGACCACCAUCCCGGAUGGCUUCAGUAUUGAAUCGGAGCCCUCAGAGGAACCUUUGGAGGGCCAGUCCGUGCGCCUCAGCUGCCGAGCAGAUAACUACACAUACGAGCAUCUGCGUUGGUACCGCCUCAACUUGUCCACACUGCACGAUGCGCACGGGAACCCGCUACUGCUGGACUGUAAGAACGUGCACCUAUUCGCUACGCCGCUGGACGCCAGCCUAGAGGAGGCGGCUCCUGGGGCGCGCCAUGCCACACUCAGCCUGAACAUUCCCCGAGUGGCGCCCGAGGAUGAGGGCGACUACGUGUGCGAGGUGCAGGACCGGCGCAGUCAGGACAAGCACUGUCACAAGAAGUACCUAUCAGUGCAGGCCCUUGAAGCUCCUCGGCUCACACAGAACUUGACCGAUCUCCUGGUGAACGUGAGCGACUCCCUGGAAAUGCGGUGUCCGGUGGCCGGAACGCAUGUGCCCAGCAUUGUGUGGUACAAAGACGAAAGACUGCUGGAGGAAGAAUCUGGAAUCGACCUGGCAGACUCAAACCAGAAGCUGAGCAUCCAGCGGGUGCGCGAGGAGGACGCCGGCCGCUAUCUGUGCAGCGUGUGCAAUGCCAAGGGCUGCGUCAACUCUUCUGCCAGCGUGGCGGUGGAAGGAUCUGAGGAUAAAAGCAGCAUGGAGAUAGUGAUUCUCGUCGGCACCGGGGUCAUCGCUGUCUUCUUCUGGGUCCUCCUUCUCCUCAUCUUCUGUAACAUGAGGAGGCCGGCACAUGCAGACAUCAAGACAGGCUACCUGUCCAUCAUCAUGGACCCCGGGGAGGUGCCUCUGGAGGAGCAGUGUGAAUACCUGUCCUAUGAUGCCAGCCAGUGGGAGUUCCCCCGGGAGAGGCUGCACCUUGGGAGAGUCCUUGGCCAUGGAGCUUUCGGGAAGGUGGUGGAAGCCUCAGCUUUUGGCAUCAACAAAGGCAGCAGCUGUGAUACUGUGGCUGUGAAAAUGCUGAAAGAGGGCGCCACAGCCAGCGAGCACCGCGCUCUGAUGUCAGAGCUCAAGAUCCUAAUCCACAUUGGUAACCAUCUCAACGUGGUCAACCUCCUGGGGGCGUGCACCAAGCCCAACGGCCCCCUCAUGGUGAUCGUGGAGUUCUGCAAAUACGGCAAUCUCUCCAACUUCUUGCGCGCCAAGCGAGAGACCUUCAGUCCUUAUGCGGAGAAGUCUCCAGAGCAGCGUAGGCGUUUCCACGCAAUGGUGGAGGGAGCCAAGGCUGAUCGAAGGAGGCCUGGGAGCAGCGACAGGGCUCUACUCACAAGGCUCCUGAUGGGCAAGGGAGGGGCGGGGCGGGCUCCUCCUGUCCAAGAAGUGGAGGAUCUGUGGUUGAGCCCACUGACCAUGGAAGACCUUGUCUGCUACAGCUUCCAGGUGGCCAGGGGAAUGGAGUUCCUGGCCUCCCGAAAGUGCAUCCACAGAGACCUGGCUGCUCGGAAUAUCUUACUGUCAGAAAGCGACGUGGUGAAGAUCUGUGACUUUGGCCUUGCCCGGGAUAUCUACAAAGACCCUGACUACGUCCGCAAGGGCAGCGCCCGGCUGCCCCUGAAGUGGAUGGCCCCUGAGAGCAUCUUUGACAAGGUGUACACCACACAAAGCGAUGUGUGGUCCUUUGGGGUGCUGCUCUGGGAGAUCUUCUCCCUGGGAGCAUCCCCAUACCCUGGGGUGCAGAUCAAUGAGGAGUUCUGCCAACGGCUGAAAGAAGGUACCCGGAUGAGGGCCCCAGAGCUGGCCACUCCUGCCAUACGCCAUAUCAUGCUGAAUUGUUGGUCUGGAGACCCCAAAGCGAGACCUGCUUUCUCGGAGUUGGUAGAGAUCCUGGGUGACCUGCUGCAGGGCGGGAGCCUGCAGGAGGAGGAGGAUUGCAUGGCCCUGCAUGGCUCUCAGAGCUCAGAAGAAGGCAGCUUCUUGCAAACAUCCACCACAGCUCUGCACAUCGCUGAGGCUGACACUGAGGGCAGCCCACCAAGUGUGCAUCACCACAGCCUGGCUGCCAGAUAUUACAACUGUGUGUCCUUUCCCGGGUGCCUGGCCAGAGGAACUCACAGAGGGUCCUCCAGGAUGAAGACAUUUGAAGAAUUCCCCAUGACCCCUACGACCUACAAAGCCUCUGUGGAUAACCAGACGGACAGCGGGAUGGUGCUGGCCUCAGAGGAGUUUGAGCGGAUAGAAAGCAGACAUAGACAAGAAGGCAGCUUCAGCUCUAAAGGACCUGGUCAGACUGUGGAUGUUACCAGAACACACCCUGACCCACAGGGGAGGCGGCGGCAACCCAACUGGGGGACACAAGGAGGCCAGGUGUUUUACAACACUGAGUACGGGGAGCUUUCACGGCCAUCCGAGGAGGGUGACUGCUCCCCAUCAGCCGGCCCACCCUUCUUCACAGACGACAGCUACUAAGGCAAACCCAGGCAAGGCCACCUAUCCCUAGGGCUCUGACAUCUGGGAUAGGGGACUACUCUUGCAGGGUGAGCAAAGAGAUGGAGGCCCCUGUUGGGAAUUCAUCUCCUCUGGUUCCAACCUGGAGAUGUUCCUCUUCCCUCUCUACAACCUUCUUAGCUGGAAAUAGCCAGCCUCCAGGCUCAAAAGCUCCCCUGAACUCUGUCACCAUUACUGUCCCAGACUACCCUUCUCCCCUCACAGUGUGAGAGUCAUAGAGUCACAUGGUAAUGGAGGUAGAGCUAGACUUGAGCCACCACCUCCCAGCACCUGGCCACACCAGUGCCAUUCACAAAUGCUCUUCCUUCCCAUGGUGACGGACUUUCUUCUCCUGCCUCUCAAAGGCUGAAAAGAGAGUGCCAGGUUUACAUCUCAAAGCAACAAACAAAACAAAAUCGGGGAGAGUGGGGGAGGUCCUCUCCUGAGUGCAAUCUCACGGGAGUGCCUACCCCAGGGACAAGCACUUGUGGACAUUGAGCUAAAUGAAAUCUAAGAUGGCUUACUAGCCCAUGGAACGGGUAUCUAUCCACAAUGAGCCAGUUACAAAGAGGGGAGCAGA